UCUCUGCCCCGAUCUGUGGCCAGGAGCUAUUCCUGAAAACUGCUGACCGGAGAGAACUGAAGGUACAGAACUGUUCUUUCUCUACCAAUCCAAGAACACUUUCACCAACGGUUUCCCAGACAGUACCAGCUUUCCUACAGAUCAGUGUGGACGCGGGGCCCUGUGGUGUCCACGUCCGGAAAGCUACUCCUGCUCCUUGGUGUGAGACUCCAACUCCAAAGGGUGGUGACCUGGGACUUCUGUGGCUGCUCCCGGAGACUGCUCCCCCAUGCAGUGGCUGCUGAGGUCCCGGGCCCUCUGGGGCCUCCACACGUCCUGCCGUGGCUUCCGCCCUCCACCUUGGCACUUGCACUACCAGUCUUUGUCAGGCGCUGGAACCCCGAGAUGGAGUGACCACCAUAACCCCGAAGAAUUCAACUUUGCGAGGGAUGUGUUCGACUACUGGACCCAGAUGGAGAAGGAGGGCAGGAGAGGGCCAAACCCAGCCCUGUGGUGGGUGAAUGACCGAGGGGAUGAAGUGAAGUGGAGUUUCAAGGAAAUGACAGACUUGACCUGCCGCACAGCCAACGUCCUUACACAGACUUGUGACCUGAAGCAGGGGGAUCGGCUGCUCCUGAUUCUGCCUCGAGUGCCCGAGUGGUGGCUGGUGACCCUGGGCUGCAUCCGAGCAGGGAUUAUCGUCAUACCAGGGACCACCCAGAUGAUGGCCAAAGACAUUCUCUACCGACUACAAGUGUCCAAAGCCAACAGCAUUGUAACCACAGACACCCUGGCCCCAGAGGUGGACUCCAUGGCUUCUGGGUGUCCUGCUCUGAAAACCAAGCUCCUGGUGUCUGACCACGGCUGUAAAGGGUGGCUGGACUUCCGUUCCCUGAUUAAAGCAGCGUCCCCAGACCACACCUGUGUCAAGUCACAGAGCAGGGACCCAGUGGUCAUCUUCUUCACCAGCGGUACCUCGGGCUUCCCCAAGAUGGUGAAACACAACCACAGAUUUGCCUUACGCAGCUCCCUCCCUUCAUGCAGGCACCUGAUGCAGCUGAAGACGAGUGACAUCUUCUGGUGCAUGUCAGACCCAGGCUGGAUUAUGGCCAUGAUAGGGUCCAUGGUGGAACCAUGGACAGCAGGGUCUACAGUUUUCGUCCAUGAACUGACCCAGUUUGACCCGAAGGUCAUCGUAAAGACAAUGUUCAAAUACCCCAUCACUCAAUGCCUUGCUGCGCCCACUGUGUUUCGAAUGAUUCUGCAACAGAAUUUCGCCAGUCUCAGGUUCCCCACCCUGGAGUACUGCUGGUGUGGCGGCGAGGCCCUGCUGCCCGAAGAGCAGCACAAGUGGAGACAAGAGACGGGCAUCCAGCUCACCCAGAUCUACGGACAGUCGGAAACGGGCAUAACGUGCAGCACUCCCAGGGGAAUGAAGGUCAAGCCUGGUUCCUUGGGGAAACCCAUCCCACCCUUCGACAUUCAGAUCAUCGACGACACGGGCAACGUCCUGCCGCCCAACACCGAAGGCAACAUUGGCAUCAGGAUCAAGCCCACCAGGCCCAUAGGCCUCUUCAUGGGCUACGAGGAUGACCCAGUGAAGACAGCCAAAGUUGAGUGUGGGGACUUUUACAACACCGGGGACAGAGGAACUAUUGAUGAAGAGGGCUACCUCUGGUUCUUGGGGAGGAGCGAUGACGUCAUCAUUACCGCUGGGUACCGGAUCGGGCCCUCAGAGGUGGAGAACGCCCUGGCGGAGCACCCGGCGGUGGCUGAGUCAGCUGUGGUGAGCAGCCCGGACCCGAUCCGAGGGCAGGUGGUGAAGGCAUUUGUGGUCCUGACCCCCCAGUUUGUGUCCCAGGAUCCGGAGCAGCUCACCAAGGAGCUGCAGCAACAUGUGAAGUCAGUGACGGCCCCGUACAAGUACCCGAGGAAGGUGGAGUUUGUCCCCAAGCUGCCCAAAACUGUCACUGGCAAGAUUAGAAGAAAUGAACUUCGAAAAAAGGAGUUUGGUCAGAUGUAAGCGGCAAUCAACUCAGAACCCGCUUCUGAGUGUGACUGGGGGUAAAUCCCUGGCUGCCUCAGUUUCCCCACUCUGGUGGCGGUGUUGAGAGAGUUGAUUUGGAAGGGUCCCAGACUGGCAGCAUUCCAGCAUUUUUGUUCUUUUAAAUUAACAUCAGUCACUAUCCUACCUCCAAGUCUCCUGUCCCUUGGAUUGCCCAGGUGAGCGCUCAGAUUGGGGCUGGAGGUAAUAAAAUACUGAUGUCAGCAUCACCGGA